UGAUAGGGAGGUCCGAUCGAAAAGAUGUCGGUUAAUUACACGGCUGAAUAGAUAAAAAUAUAAAAAAAUAUUAUUAACAUAUGUGUAAUCGUUGAAAUGUGACAUAUUUUAUUAAUAGUGAGUUUAUCCAAGUAAAUGAAAGACACGUGUUAAUUUAUUAAAUUUCACGUGAUAUUAAUGUUAACGUAUUCAUCGUUCGUAGCAUCGUUUGUUAAUACGACGUUUCUAGAAUUACAUAAAAGAUUAGUAUUUAUAAAAAUAAAGUGUAAUUAAAAUUAAAAUCCAAUAUGACCGAUCUCAGUUUUUUAAAUAUUGAGUUUAAUCAAUUAUCUGUAGGCGUGAGUUAUUACAGAGUUGUAUCGAGUCAUUUGUUUCAUUAAAAACUUCCUUUAAAAAUGUUUCGCAUCAUAACUCUCAUGGGAUAGCUGAACUUCAUUUUGACAUCUCAAGAAUUAGAGAUGAUUGGUCGACGUUGUGCUCUACUCGCCCUGGGCGCACUUUUGAUUCUUGUGAUAACCGUAAACAUUUAUUUCAUUCGCAUAAUAGUAGAGAAUUCAUCGCAAAAGUCACAAUUCAAAAAUUUACCCCUGGUAGAGGAAAAUUAUCUUCAAGGGCCAUCGUCGUCUUUACGAAAAAAUGAAAAUGGCAAAGGUUCACAGAAGUCCGAAGAUAUUCAUGCAAAAAUUAAGGAAGAGAUACAAAUGUUAUCUUCGAAAUAUUUUAAACAAAAUACGAGUUAUUUGAUAGUCCUCGAACGGUUAUUGUCUGAAUUGAAAAUUAUGGACAAUGUUGUAUACGAAGACAUAUGGAGUAUUCCUAAUAACAAUUGGCCUGAUGCUCACCAGUUAAUUCCACCAUCGGCUCCAGAAUUAGGGACUAUACUUAAUGCUUUGAGGAAAGCGAAAAUAAAACAUGCAGACAAUGCUGUCCUUGGUACACAAUUGAAACUUAUGCUGACGUUGGAGAAUGGGGCAAAAGCUGUGUUUAAACCACAAUGGUAUUCUAGAGAUACAGUUAUUCAUGGACCCGUUUAUUAUGGAAAAGAUCGUCAUAACGCAGAAAUCGUAGCAUUUCAUUUGUCUUCACUACUUGCCUUACGAAGAGUGCCCCUUGCUGUUAUUCGAAAACUUGAUCUUACCAAUGAGAUUCGUAAGCAUGCAACACCAGAAUUACAUGCUACUAUGUAUCAGGAGGGUAAUGAUACAUGUUUGUAUGGUGUUUGCCAUUACUGUUCUUCGAACGAUCCAGUUUGUGGGACUGGUAAUAUCUUAGAAGGUGCAUUAAUAUUCUGGUUACCACGUUACUUGCAUCUUGUUAAACAUCGACAUCCAUGGCAAAGAACAUAUAAGAAAAAAAAAUUGGCUAUAUGGGAAACGGAUGAUGCUUAUUGCGAGAAGGUCAAAGAAUCCAAAGCAUAUUCACCACAAUUUUCAAGUAGGCUAUUGGAUUUGAUAGAUACUGCAGUUUUUGAUUUCUUGAUGGAUAAUGGUGAUCGACAUCACUAUGAAUUAGCACAAAAUAAUUUUCAUAAUCCUGCUGUAUUAUUAAUAGAUAAUGGGAAGAGUCUUGGUAAUCCUGAUAUUGAUCAUCUUGACAUUUUAGCACCUCUUUAUCAAUGUUGCAUGAUACAUAAAACUACAUGGGAUCGUUUAAAAAUGUUCAGUGGUGGUACAUUAAGCUUGUCAUUGGAAAAGCUUAUUGCUCGCGAGACAAUAAUGGCCGAUGUUCUUCCGCUUAUUUCAGAUGCACAUCUUACCGCUAUGGAUAGAAGGCUUCUUAUCAUUUAUGGCGUCGUUGAAUACUGUAUAAAGAAAAGGAAAUAUGUUUCUAAUGUGAUUCUAGAUCAUCGGUAAUAUAAAGCAAGAAAUAAGAUAUUUUAUAGAUUAUCGUUUUUAAUUUGAAAUAGUAGAAAAAUCUUGCUAUAGCUAUGCAUAAUAAAUUUGAUAUUAUAUAUAUAUAUACACACAUAUAUAUAUAUGCAUAUAUGUUGUAUUUUUUAUAUGUUAUAUUUUUUAUAUAGUAACAUUGAACAUAUUUAAAAUCGACGAUGAAAUAAUUUAGUUUUGGUCGAUGAUUGAGUAAUGUCUAAGAAGGCGUAAAAUCAUUUAAUGCUACAGAUCGUUAGAGUUUAAUGUGGUUUAUUUUAUGUCACAAUAAUUACCAUUAUUUGGAUAAAUUUUGGAUGUAGCGCCGUACAGCGUAUAAAUACGGUACAAACGUAAAAAACCUGUUAAUACGAUUGUAUAAUCGUUAACAUACUUUAAAGUUCGUGUCACAGAUUGGGAUCUGAGAAUGUUUUCUCAGCUCGAUAACAUGUACAAUAUGUAUAUAGCGAAUGUAGCUCGUGGUACUUGUCGGGGCUUAACAGUAAAGAGAAACUUGUGGGAGUGAAAGAGAAACUACAAAUUUAGUGUAAUGUUGCAGUAUGAUUACUUUUCUUUCUGUUCACCACAAGAGAUCUCUGUAAAAGCUUAUGAUA